AUGGCGGCUCUCUCGGAGGAGUUGUCCCAUCUCAGAGAGAGGCUGCUGGAGGCGGAGGACGCCCGAGACGCUGAGAUGAAGUCUAGGGUCAGUGUCGAGACCAAACUUGUUGAGCUGGCCGAGUUUAAGAAAAGUGCCGAAAAACUCAUGGCGACACAGGAGGAGACAAUCGCAUCAUUGAAUGAGGCAAGAGAUGGUCUUGAGAGGGAGCUUUCCUCGAUGGAGUCGCAGCGAGACGAACUGAAGGAGGAAAAGGUUGCCAUGGAGCUGAGGAUGGUUCAGUUAGAGGAGGAGAAAGAUAGUAAGAAGAAUGUUGUCCUCUGUGGAGUUGUUGUUAGAUCCAUCGCAAAUUUUGAGCAGCAGACAGUCCAUCUCCAGGACACGGUCCAGCAUCUCAAGGAGACAAUGGAGAGGGAGCAUCUUCCCUUGGCCGAGAUGGAGCGAGAGAGGGAGGCCUUCCAGGAGCAAGUCGGACAUCUCGAGAGCGGCAGGGAGGACGCACUGAAACAACUGGAGGAAGAGAAAGCGGCGAGAAGCCAACGGAGGCACAAUCCCAUCGCCUAUUGCCGUACUAAGAGCACUAACACCUUGUUGGAUAAAUUUGCUGAGUUGGAAUCACUCAGAGUUUCCAAAUCUGAGGUGGAGAGUGAGUACCGUGAGGUACAGCAGCAACUUGUAGAUUCCAAGGCUGAGCUGGAGAGGGUGACAGGUGAAACUGAGAGGAUUGAACAGGUGCUACAAGAUGAGGAGUGA